GCGGGAGUGAAUUACAGUUCAGAGAGCGCACACACUGCCCAGCAAAUUUGGUGGAAUUCCGCCAAAGAAAACCCCGUUGAGGACAUUUUCCGGCAUAUCCCGCCAUCUUUCACUCUUUAUUUUCUUCCCUUAUUUCUACUCUUCCGUUUCGACAGAAAAGUGAUCACACUUCACCUUCAAACUUCCCUCCCACCCGCCUCUCAAUUUUUAAUCAUUAAUCGGUAAAAUGGCACCGUCGCGUCGUCAAAGCAAUGGCAGAUCACCCCUUGUUAAUCAACAGAGCCAGAUUACUUCCUUCUUCUCCAAGAAAAACUCUUCUUCCCCAUCUCCAUCGCCUUCUCCUCCUCCUCCUCUUGCCAAACAUACCUCUAAACUUAACCCAAUCCCUGGCCCUAAACCUAAUCCAAGGAGAAGUCCCAUCCCUACUACUCCCUCCCCUGGGGAAUCCAAGCUCAAAAAGCCUCUCCUUGUCAUUGGCCAGUCGCUUGCCCCCACUCCCUCUUCUCCCCUCAACAUAACGUUUGGCGAUGAAGUGGUUGACAAGAGGCUAAGGGUUCACUGGCCCUUGGAUAAGGCGUGGUACGAGGGCGUUGUCAAGUCUUUCGAUAAGGUCUCGGGUAAGCAUUUGAUUCAGUAUGAUGAUUCUGAGGAAGAGGAGUUGGAUUUGGGGAAGGAGAAGAUUGAGUGGGUUGAAGAAACCACGGGAAGGUUUAAGCGGUUGCGGCGAGGGGGUUCUUUGGCUUUUAAGAAAGUGGUGAUUGACGAUGAGGAUGAUGACGUGGCGGAUAGUGCGAACGAAAAGAGCGACGAUGAUGAUUCUAGUGAUGAAGACUGGGGGAAGAACGCCGAGAAGGAAGUGAGCGAGGAUGCUGAUGAGGAAGAUAUGGAUUUGGAGGAUGAGAAAGAGGAGGAAGAAGAACUGGAGGAGGAGGAGGUGGGAAUGAAAAUAUCGAAAAGAAAGGGCGGUGGAAAGACUGAAUCAAAGAAACGGAAGGCGAAUGGCUUUGCAAAACCGGAGUUCGGUAAAAAGAGUAAGACCAGUGCGAAUGGUAGUACUAAGGAAGAGUUUAAGGUGCCUUCGGUGGAACCGGUGAAGAAGAUUGAAACUGAUAAGGCAUCUACUGCUGCUGACAAGGCUUUGGUGGCUGAUGAGUUAGAGAGGUUUGGGAAGCGUGAAGCGGAGAAGUUGCACUUCCUUGGACCUGAGGUGCGUAGAGAUGCAAAUAGGAAGCGUCCUGGAGAUGCAAACUACAAUCCAAAGACUUUAUACUUGCCUCCUGGUUUCUUAAAGAGCCUAUCAGGUUGCCAGAGGCAAUGGUGGGAGUUUAAGUCAAAACAUAUGGACAAAGUUCUAUUUUUUAAGAUGGGUAAAUUUUAUGAACUUUUUGAAAUGGAUGCACAUGUUGGGGCAAAAGAACUGAAUUUGCAAUACAUGAGGGGGGAACAACCUCACUGUGGAUUUCCUGAGAAGAAUUUCUCUAUGAAUGUGGAGAAAUUAGCUCGAAAGGGUUAUCGAGUUCUUGUAGUAGAGCAAACGGAAACUCCUGAACAACUGGAGCUUCGUCGGAAAGAGAAAGGUGCCAAGGAUAAGGUUGUCAAGCGUGAAAUUUGUGCUGUGGUUACCAGAGGAACCCUAACUGAUGGAGAAAUGCUGUCAUCAAAUCCUGACCCUUCUUACCUCAUGGCAGUGACUGAAAGCUGUCAAAGUUCACCAAACCAGAAUGAGAAGCGGGUUUUUGGCAUGUGUGCUGUUGAUGUUGCAACUAGCAGGAUUAUUAUUGGACAGUUUGAGGAUGAUUCUGAGUGCAGUGCAUUGUGUUGUCUAUUGGCUGAGCUAAGGCCAGUAGAAAUUAUAAAACCCACUAACCUGCUCAGUCUUGAAACUGAGAGGGCAAUGCUGAGACAUACAAGAACUCCCUUGGUAAAUGAAUUGGUCCCUACCGCAGAAUUUUGGGAUGCAAACAAAACUGUUCACGAAGUCAAAACUAUCUACAAGUGUAUUAAUGAUCAAUCAGCUGCUGGAUCUGUUGAUGUGGGUACAGAUGCUGCUAAUACUUAUGAGGAUGAUGAGCUGGGCUGCCUUCCACCUAUCCUUUCCAGUCUACUCAGAGCUGGUGUUAAUGGAAGCCUAGCACUCUCAGCUCUUGGAGGCACUCUUUAUUACCUAAAACAGGCUUUUCUAGAUGUGACAUUACUUAGAUUUGCAAAGUAUGAGUUGCUUCCAUCCUCUGGCUUCAGUCGCAUUGCGCAAACACCUUAUAUGCUUCUUGAUGCUGCUGCCCUUGAGAAUCUUGAGAUCUUUGAAAACAGCGGAAAUGGAGACUCUUCUGGGACGCUCUAUGCACAAUUAAAUCACUGUAUAACAGCAUUCGGGAAAAGGUUGCUAAGAACAUGGCUUGCUAGACCAUUAUAUCAUACUGAUUUGAUUAAGGAACGGCAAGAUGCUGUAGCAGGCCUAAAGGGUGAAAGUCUAUCAUAUGCACUUGAAUUUCGAAAGGCAUUGUCCAGGCUUCCUGACAUGGAGAGGCUACUUGCACGGAUCUUUGCUAGCAGUGAGGCUAAUGGAAGAAAUGCACAUACAGUUGUUUUAUAUGAAGAUGCGGCAAAGAAGCAACUUCAGCAAUUCAUAUCAGCACUACGAGGUUGUGAAUUAAUGGUUCAAGCAUGUUCUUCCCUUAGUGUUAUUCUGAAAAAUGUGGAAUCUACGCAGCUUCAUCAUUUGUUAACAACUGGUAAAGGUCUUCCAAAUAUCAAUUCCAUUCUUACGCAUUUCAAAGAUGCCUUUGAUUGGGUUGAUGCCAACAAUUCUGGACGUAUAAUACCUCACAAAGGAGUUGAUCUGGAAUAUGACUCAGCAUGUGAAAGAGUUAAGGAGAUUGAAUCUAGUUUGACAAAACACCUCAAGGAGCAGCAGAAGUUACUUGGAGAUUCAUCAAUAACCUAUGUCACGAUUGGAAAAGAUUCGUAUCUAUUGGAAGUGCCAGAAAGCUUGCGCGGGAGUGUCCCUCGAGAUUAUGAGUUAUGUUCAUCCAAGAAGGGCUUCUUCCGGUAUUGGACUCCAUCUAUCAAGAAGUUCCUGGGAGAACUCUCGCUAGCUGAAUCUGAAAAGGAGACGGCUUUUAAGAACAUUCUUCUGAGGUUAAUUGGACGAUUCUGCGAGGAUCACAAUAAAUGGAGGCAACUAGUUUCAACAACAGCAGAGCUGGAUGUACUGAUCAGUCUAGCAAUAGCAAGUGAUUUUUAUGAAGGUCCUACAUGUCGUCCUCGUGUCUUGGGCUCUUCAUGCUCAAAUGAAGUGCCGUGCUUUUCUGCAAAAGGUUUAGGACAUCCUAUUCUCAGAAGUGAUUCUUUAGGCAAGGGUGCAUUUGUCCCCAAUGACAUCAGUAUUGCUGGUUCUGGCCAUGCAAGUUUUAUUCUUCUUACUGGGCCUAAUAUGGGUGGAAAAUCAACUCUUCUUCGCCAAGUUUGCUUGGCUGUGAUUUUGGCUCAGGUAGGAGCUGAUGUCCCUGCAGAACAAUUUGAACUAUCUCCUGUUGACCGAAUCUUUGUUCGGAUGGGUUCCAAAGAUCAUAUUAUGGCUGGACAGAGUACAUUUUUAACAGAGCUUUCAGAAACUGCAUUAAUGCUGUCCUCUGCAACUCAACAUUCACUUGUGGCGUUAGAUGAACUUGGACGUGGAACAUCAACUUCUGAUGGACAAGCCAUUGCGGAAUCGGUUCUUGAACAUUUUGUACACAAGGUGCAGUGCCGAGGGAUGUUUUCAACACACUACCACCGUUUAGCUGUGGACUAUAGGAACAAUUCCAAGGUCUCUCUCUGUCACAUGGCGUGCCAAGUAGGAAAUGGAGUUGAAGGAGCUGAAGAAGUUACAUUUCUUUACAGGUUGACUCCUGGUGCCUGUCCAAAAAGUUACGGAGUGAAUGUUGCACGAAUAGCUGGUCUUCCUGACUCUGUACUACGAACAGCUGCCAGUAAGUCUAGAGAAUUUGAGGCUGUAUACGGGAAACACCGAAGUGAGGGAUCUGAAGACAAGUUGCCAAUGCAAAGUAGCCUUGACGAAAUGGUAGUUUUUAUUCGGGAAUUGAUCAGCCUUACACGCUUAAAGACAUGUGAGGAGGGCACUUGUAUUAGGUCAUUGACUCAACUUCAACAGAGGGCAAGGAUGCUUCUGCAUCAACAUUGAUUGAAUGAAUCCAUGUAAUAAUUGUAAUUUUUCCCAGGGUCAUUCAUUUUCGGAGAGAGUUAGUGAUGUUCAUAUGAUUGUGACUAAUAUGCUAUCUAGCAUUUUGUAAAGUUUGGGUGGGCUAGAAAAUUGGAAAACAUAUUAGUUGGUAGCUAGAAGGUUGAAAUGAGCUGACCAGCAUUUUUGUACAGUGCAUUUCUAAUGAGAAAAUUUUGUUGACAUGA